AUGGGCUUUCAAAACCAGACCAGUGUUGCUGAGUUCCUCCUCUUGGGUCUUACUCAGGACCCAGAGCUUGAGAGGUAUCUGUUUGGGCUGUUCUUGGUCAUAUACCUGAUCACUCUGGCUGGGAAUCUGCUGAUUGUCCUGGCCAUUGUCUCUGAUGUUCGCCUCCACACUCCCAUGUACUUCUUCUUGGCCAACCUCUCCUUCACUGAUGUCUGCUUUGUGUCUAACACAGUUCCCAAGAUGCUGGUGAAUCUAUUUACCCAGAAAAAGGCCAUCCCCUACACUGGGUGCCUGAUACAGUUGUAUUUUUUAGUUUCCUUGGUGGCUUUGGACAAUCUUCUCCUGGCUGUGAUGGCCUAUGAUCGCUUUGUGGCCAUCUGCCGUCCCCUUCACUAUACAACGAUCAUGAGCCCCAGACUGUGCAUUCUGUUGCUAGUCCCAUGCUGGGUGCUUUCCAUUCUCUAUGGUUUGACCCACACAAUUCUCAUGGCCACUUUGACAUUCUGUGGGCACAGGGAAAUCAGUCACAUCUUCUGUGAAAUGUAUGUCCUGUUGCAAUUGGCCUGCUCUGACACCCGAGUCAACCAGGCAGUGCUAAUUGUAACAGGCUGUCUCCUCUUCAUUAUUCCUUUGUCACUUAUGAUCUAUUCGUAUGUUCGCAUUGUCAAGGCCAUCCUGAAGAUCCCCUCAGCUGCUGGGAAGUACAAAGCAUUCUCUACCUGUGCCUCACACCUGACUGUGGUCUCCCUGUUCUAUGGUACUCUCUCUAUGGUCUAUUUGCAACCCCUGAAAACUUACUCUGUAAAGGAUUCAGUGGCCACAGUUAUGUAUGCUGUAGUGACCCCCAUGCUGAACCCCUUCAUCUAUAGCUUAAGGAACCAGGAUAUGAAGGGAGUCCUGAGGAAUCUUCUCAGAGGGAAAACUGUCCCUUGA